UCCACAGUCCACAUUGUGGACACACAAAGUAGGUAUACCUAUAUAUACAUCGAUCUUCCAUUCGAGUCUGUACUUGUUCGCUCUCCCACAAACCUUGCCAGUUCGAGGAGCGCAAAGCGCAAACCAUAUAGAAAAUCGUAUAGCAUUCAGCGAUUUAUACUUAGAGUAACCGCAUCAUAUACCUACUUAUAUUAUGCUGAAUGCUGAAUUAACGUAUAACGCGAGGCUUCUGCUGCUGUUGUGCGUGUGUGCGUAAAAAAAAUACACAAGUAUCAUUGGACAUUAAUCGUUUGAUGAACUCAGUAGAUCCUGCCUGGAGCCUAGAUCCUUGAGUAUUCCUCACAUACACUUUGUGUGUGAGACUCAAGAGAGGCAAUCUUGAAUCUUGAAUCGUAACAUCAGUUGAUCAGUGGCAGCUGCGCGUCUCACGGAGAGACGUCACAAGAUCGUCAUACACACAACGCAGUCGUCAGUUCUAGGCCCAAACCUCGAACGAACAAGAGCGCAGGUUAACGCCUGCCUGUGUGUCACGCCAAAGUUUGCCGUUGCGUUGAAAGUUCAAAAGUUGUUGAAAAGGUACAAUCAAUUAGAAGCGCGAACAAAGUGGGUUAGAACAACGGAGGAGUAAAUCAAGCCCGUUAAAAAUGCCGAUGGGUAUCGGAGUGAAUCUGCGAGUUACGGGCCACUGUAACCAGGGUGGCCGUAAAUACAUGGAGGACACGUUCAGCGUGGCGUACCAGCAGUCGUCGAACGACCGGGAGCUCGAGUACGCCUUUUUCGGCAUAUUCGAUGGACACGGUGGUGGCGAGGCCGCGACCUUCGCCAAGGAGAAUCUCAUGGAUAUCAUCAUAAAACAGAAAAAUUUUUGGAGCGACAACGACGAGGACGUCCUCAAAGCCAUUCGCGACGGCUAUGUCAACACGCACUACGCUAUGUGGAAGGAGCUUGAAAAGUGGCCUAGAACAGCUUCUGGUCUGCCAUCGACCGCUGGUACGACUGCCAGCAUAGCUUUCAUACGCAAAGGCAAAAUUUAUAUUGGUCAUGUUGGUGACUCUGCUAUAAUUCUGGGAUACCAGGAUAAUGAUGAUCAAGUAUGGAAGUCGAAAGCUCUGACUAGAGAUCAUAAGCCAGAGUGUGGAAUUGAAAUGAGUAGGAUUCAGGAGUCUGGGGGAAAGGUUGUCAGCAAGUCUGGAGUUCCAAGAGUCGUAUGGAACAGGCCCAGGCUAGGUCACAAGGGUCCUGUUCGUAGAUCAACUCAAAUAGAUGAAAUUCCAUUUUUAGCUGUAGCUCGAUCUCUAGGUGACUUGUGGAGCUAUAAUUCCGACAAAAAUACAUUUGUGGUCUCACCAGAACCUGAUGUUAAGGUUAUUGAAAUUGAUGUCAAGACACAUAGAUGUCUUAUCUUUGGUACUGAUGGCUUAUGGAACAUGCUUUCUGCACAAGCUGCAGUAGCCAUUGCCCAAGCAGCUGAAAAGCAUAAUGAAAAGCAUUUAAUUGCUUCGCAACAAACAGGAAAUGAGCAAGGAGAAGCACAAAUGUGGAUCAACCCAUCAAAAAGCUUAGUAGAUCGCGCUCUUGACAAAUGGUCCUCUACCAGAUUGAGAGCUGAUAAUACCAGUGUUGUUACCCUUAUGCUUGAUCCACCAGGACCAACUCACAGUGAGAUCCUACUAAGUCAAAAGCGAGAACAAAUGCAAUCAAAUCAAGUCUCUCGACCAGUGUCAGAAUCUCAGUACACGCCUAUGGUGCGAACUACCCACAAAUCUACAUCGCCAAGUCCUACUCGUCAGUCUCCAAUUAUUUCUUGUGCAUCUGCUGAACCAAAAAUCUCUUCUGCCACAAACCUUGAUGUUCACAAGCAUCCAGACUCUUCUAAUCAAAACGUUACUGAACCAAGAGAGCAUUCAAGCGAAAAAAUUAACAAAAAUACGACCAGUCCAGCCAAAGACACGUCAAAGCUAAGCCAAGUUGACACAGUAGCGGGAGAAAGCAUCCAAGUAGCCGAAAUAUCGUCCAGUAAUGUGAGCGAUGAGCUCAACAAUUCCUCCACGGGUAUGUUGGAUGAGUCGAUAAUUGAUUUGGAUCAUAGUAUUGUUGAAAGCAGCAUUUGCAAAGAGGAUGACUCAAAUAUUGCAUCCGAAGAAUCUGACGCAUCAGAUACUAAGUUCCUGCUGGAGCGUAAGAGUUGGUUGCAAGAGGUACCGAAAGCCGAGCAAUUUUCCAACGAUCUGAGCCAUGAGGAUUUACAGUCGAUCACAUGUAACGAGCCUCAACCUCAUGGCCCAAGGCUAAGACGAAGUUGCGUAAAUGAAACUACGACCAAUAGCCUACUGACAAAGAGAGUGUAUGUCUCGAAAAACUACAGUGGUAGCGCUAUUAUGCGUCAAACUGGUCGUAAGCGGCGUCACAGCACUGACGUAUCGCAAAACAAUCAGAGACAACAGAGAAAAUCUCUUACGUCCAAGGCGACGUCCUGUCUGUCUGUUACAAACGUUAGCAAAUCUUUGAAAAGAAGUUGCAGAGUUAUGUUGGGAAAUGAACCUGGAGAUCUUAGAGUUGGUGUUGGAAAGCAAAGCGCGAGUAGUUGCAAGUACGAAACCAAAAAUAGCGUUAGCGGGGAACUAUGUCUUAAGAGGAAAACAAGAUCUGAAGAUCAGAGAAAUACGCAAGACGAGAACAACCCAACGAAUCAGAAGGUCGAGAAUCAGUUGCGCAAUAAAAUGCGGUGGUCUGUCGGCGAUGCGUCUACAUCCAGAACAAAUGGAGUACUGAAUCCCAGUACAAAUGGAAUUCGGGAGAGACGCCACUCUUCGCCCAACUCGUUUAAACGUCGCAGUCUGGAAAAGAAGUCGACUCCCGUAAAAACCAUCAGACGUCCAUCUUUUAAUCGAUCAACGAGUCGUAUUCAAAUUACGCGUGACAGCUUUUGGGACCAGGGUCGUGCCAGCAGAACAGGAAUAAGUUGCGCGACCAGCCAUAGACAAUCGGUUAUGAGUAUGAUUGAAUAUGCCUCGGAGUCCACGUCGACGAAAUCAUCGUCGUCGACGCCCAAACGUUGGCUCAGGUCUGACACGAUAGCAGCGACGCCAAUAAAGACUCUGAGAUCGAGAAAUGUCGACAUCGCGGGGCAUACAGUGCCGGCUCCCAUUGCUAGGCAGUAUGACGUUAUGAAAUCGAAUAGGAUACUCAUGCAGGCGCAAAAACUCAGUAAACAACCUGUGCUGAACGAGAGUAUUCUAUUAACUGCGAUACCGUGCAAUCCACAAAACUCUGGUCGGUAUGCGCAGCAAAAGUCUCGCUAUUAGAAAAUACCGUGUGAAAAUAAAAAUAUUCAAAUUUCUAUUAUCCUUACUACAGUUGUUGCAAAGGUAAAAAAGAAAAUGUAUACUAGCGUUUUCAACGAUUUUUGCCCAGUUAUUUAACUUUUAUGUACUAGUAAUUCAAAGUUAUUUUUAUAUUUAUGGCUAAAAAAUAACAUGUGUCGAAUUACUCGGUAAAAUUAAA